AUGAGGCGUUGUGUUCCAGCAUGUUCAGGCUUUCUGCUAGCUUUUUUGCUUGCCUUUACGCUCCAACUCUUCUUCUUCUCACCUAUAUCUCCGGACUCGCUUGAACUGCCUCCAGCUUCAGCUCUACCCACAAACAAGCACUUGCAGAAAGUGACUAAACUCGGCGAAGGAUUUCUGGAUCGCCCAGAGGAUGUUGUCGUGGAUAGAGAUGGCAUCCUUUAUACAGCUGUUAGAGAUGGUUGGAUCAAAAGAAUGCAUAAGAAUGGUUCCUGGGAGAAUUGGAAGAAGAUAGAGAGUGAUGCUUUACUUGGAAUUGCAACGUCUAAGGAUGGUGGUCUUAUCGUCUGUGAUGCUGAAAAGGGUUUGCUUAAGGUUAGUGAAGAUGGAGUGGAGAUUCUUGCAACAGAUAUUAAUGAUGGGUCCAAAAUAAGGUUUGCAGAUGAGGUGAUUGAAUCAUCGGACGGUAGUGUGUAUUUUAGUGCUGCAAGCACCAAAUUUGGAUUCCAUGACUGGUUCCUAGAUUUUCUGGAGGCAAAACCUCAUGGGCAGUUGCUCAAGUAUGAUCCAUCAUUGAACGAGACAUCGAUUUUGCUUGAUGGUUUGUUCUUUCCUAAUGGCGUUGCUCUCUCAAGAGAAGAAGAUUAUCUGAUCUUCUGCGAAUCAUGGAAAUAUAGAUGCCAAAAAUAUUGGCUGAAGGGAGAGGACAAAGGGAAAACAGAGAGUUUUAUUGACAAUCUCCCUGGUGGUCCUGAUAACAUCCAUCUGGCUCCGGAUGGUUCUUUCUGGAUUGCUGUACUACAGUUGGUGUCUGAGGGGCUGGAGUUUGUGCACGCCUCAAAGCCAUCCAAACACUUGGUAGCAUCCUUUCCGAAGCUGGCUAACCUAGUCAACGGUGUGUACAAGAAAGCAACGGUGGUAAAUGUGGCAGCUGACAGCAAGAUUACCAGGAGGUUGGACGAUCCUGAUGGCAAAGUGAUGUCUUUCGUGACAACGGCUUUGGAGUUCGAGGAUCACCUUUACUUGGGAAGUCUGAAUACCAACUUCAUUGGAAAGAUGCCAUUGAAUCCAACUAAUAGUUAA